AUGUACGAGCCAGCUGAGUCUUUGGGGUGUAUUGAUACACCAGCUCCUGCUGGUCCUGGUGCUCUCUGUUCUUCUAUCAAGGUGGUAUCUGAGAUGGGUCAUGAGAAUCCGGUAUCAGUGGCCUGUCUGUUGGAUACGGGUGCCAGCUGUAACUUCGCUCAGCUUUCGGUGGCCAAUCGUCUGGGACGAGUGGUGACAUUACCAUCACCGAAGCCUUUUCGCGUGGCCAACAAACAAACCUUCUUCGCCACUCAAGCUGUCCAACUCACGGUGCUGACCAUUAGCUCUCGUAUCAAGCUGGACUUCCUAGUGGUAUCAGAGCUGACCACUCCCCUGGUCAUCGAACUGGUAUCGGCCCGUUACAGUGGCACCAAGUUCAAGAAAGCCUAG